AUGAUUCCAUAUACCCAUUAUCAAUUUCCAUUUGAAAAAAUUCUGAUACGGCCAGAUUUUAGACUUUUAUCGUAUUUAGAUAUGUCGCUUCCAUUACAGAAGACAUUUUGUGGCGCUCAUUCGUUGUCUGAUAUUGAUUUGGUUAGUUCAAACAUUCAAUUAUUAGAUGUAUGUAAUUUUGAUCAAUUACCAUCAUUGAAACGUCUUUCCCUCAUGGAUAAUCCACUCUACUGCAGCUGUUCAAUGUUUUAUUUAAAAUACGGUGAUAUUUAUCGUUUAUUACUAAAUAAAGUUUAUGACGAUGAUAAUCAAAUCGAUACAAAUUUGGAACAAUGGUUAAAACCUGAACUCAGACGUCACAUUGAUAUGGCUUAUAUACGAGGAGACUUAAGACGUCCACCUAUUGAAUUUUCCCUGUUUUCACGAUGUGCACAGCCAACCGAAUGGAAAGGUUUAGAACUUGUAAAUAUUACUCAUGUAUCAAAACUUUGUCAUCAAGAGUGGGAAGCGAUUGAAAAUAGUUGUCAAACUUAUUGCGAUCAACAUGAUAGAACAAUCACCACGUCAAAUAAACUAACGACGAUAAAUCCAGUAAUAAUAAACCGUUCAACAUCAUUUGCAGUUAACUUUCAUGUGACUAUAGUUAUUCUCACUUCAUUCAUUUUAUACUGUAUAUAG